ACCCCCCAGCGGUCAUUUCCAUGCUCUUCCUGCACUUCGGGAGCCUCUGGCACUGCAGGUCAUUUCUAUUGUUCCUCCUGCACUCCCAGAGCCCGCCAACCCAACAGUUGGGGGACAGAAACCGGAGGUCUCUUGUGAGGCGGGGGAGCCCUUCUGUCAGUAUAUGAGCUGGGGUCCACAGUGAGUUCUGGCCCCUUGUUGUAAAUGUCAGUGGCGCACGGGUGGCAUUGACAGCCCAGGGCUUGCUGGGCCCUCCAGAGGGAGCCCAGAACAGAGCCCUGAGCUCAUCCUUCCAAACCUCGGUGGACUGGGGAGGGCAACAGGAACCAGCCACGGAGGCUGAGAAGCAGCUGUCUGGCCGCGGCCAGGGCAGUCGGGCGCACAGCAGAGCUCAGAGAGAGCUGGGGGUCCGCACUUGACAGCGACAGCGGCGGUACCGCUGGUGCUAGGGUCCCCCCUCCUCCCCCGCUUAACCCCCUCCAUGCCUCAGCCCCGCUUCCCUCCUGCUGGGGCCCGUGUCCUCCCACCAGCACAGGGGCAGGGACGUCUGGGAUGCCAAGGCUGGACGCUGCGGGCGGCGCCGGGCCGGGCUUCGGGAGGGGGCGGCGGGGCUAUAAGCGUCCCGGGGCGCCCACCCUCGAAGCCGGAGCCCGAGCGAGGAGGAGACGGCGCUGGAACCCAUGGACACGUCGUACCCCCGCGAGGACCCCCGGGCCCCGACGGCCCACAAGGCAGACGGCGCCGCCCACACGGCCCUCACCCUGGGGGCGCCCAGACCCCCACCUCGAGACCACUUGAUCUGGUCGGUGUUCAGCACGCUCUACCUGAACCUGUGCUGCCUCGGCUUCCUGGCGCUGGCCUACUCCAUCAAGGCCCGGGACCAGAAGGUGGCUGGAGACCUGGAGGCAGCCCGGCGUCUGGGGUCCAAAGCCAAGUGCUACAACAUCCUGGCCAUGAUGUGGGCGCUGGUGCCACCGCUGCUGCUGCUGGCGCUGGUGGUGACAGGCGCGCUACACCUGUCGCGGCUGGCGAAGGACUCCGCUGCCUUCUUUAGCACCAAGUUCGAUGACUCGGACUAUGACUGACGGGCUGGGCCUUGUCUGCAUCCUGCCUACGGACCCUGACCCCAGGACCAAAUCCCAGGGCCCUGCUCCGGGGACUCCACCCUGACCCCCUGGAACCCUAUCUCCACCAUCUCAUCCUGGGCACCUAAUGCUGACCCCAAAGAUCCCUUGUUUGGACCCCAGUGGCCUCAACUCCAGCCAUGAUGGUCCCCGCUCCCCUACCUCCUUGUGCCCAGGCUGGACCCUCUCUCCUCAAACCAGACUCCUUCAGGCUUGGUUUCAUAAUUAAAAGCACCCGGUUCCA